UCUUACUAAAAACUCAAAAGUUUUACAAAAACUCAAAAGUUCUACUAAAACUCAAAAAUCCUAUCUAAACUCAAAAGUUCUACCAAAACUCAUAAGUCUUACAGAAAUCAAAUUUCUUGCUGAAAUUCAAAACUCUUACUGA